AUGGGUAACAGCCCGAGCUCGAUUGGCACCUCCAUCGGAGACACAUUCUACCCUUCAAAUCCCGAUCGACGAAAUCGCGCUCAGCAACUGCAACGAGACGUCGAGAUGUACGUCUCUCGAUUCAAUGAAGAGAAGCAGAAAUUAGAUUCGCUUGAGCCCGCAGUUCGUCAGCGUAUUGAGCGCUAUCUAUCACAACAUGGCUACCAGACGCUGCAACAGCUCAUCGACAAGAAUGACGCUACACUCAAAGGCGAUGCCAUGGAGAGUUGGAAACAAUUGAAAGCCAGCCUUUCCACAGAACAUUUCAUCGAUCAACUUAUCCUCACCGUCACUGGCUUGACUGCUGCGGCUACAGGAGUGGUAGUAGGCGGGCUCGUGCUAUUUGGUGUUAUGUCUGGACCUGUGGGCUGGGCAAUCUUUGCCGGCGUUGGUGAGAUAAUGGGGUUCCUAGCUGUGGCUGCGGUAUUUAUGGCUGUUAUUGAGGCGGCUAAGGAAAGAGAAAAUUUGCAACAAGCGAUCAAUAAGCUUUACUAUGCCAGGAUUGAUGCAUUGACGACUUUGCGCAAACUUGAAGUGUAUCAGAAAUGGGUUGUUGAAUUCAGCGACUUUUUCAAGGAUGAAUGGGUGGAUCUGAGCCCGGAUAUCUUUGACAAGAAGUUUGGCAAGGGGUUUGCUGGUGAUGCUUGGCAGUAUGAUCGUAAUACCAUCAUAUCGGAGCUCCAAGAUCAUGACGAUGAGGUACAUGCAUGGAAAGAUGAGGAUCCCGAGCAUCCAGCUAGGACUCACGUCGAGCAUGUGGAUGGGCCCAUUGACAUCCCUCAGAUGGCAGCACAGGCUGCGCCGGACAUAAAUGCUCCGAAUACUAGUAGUACUUCGUUAGGCGGCGCACCGUCGCCUGGGGAGGGUAAACUGCAUCUUCUAGUCACCGACACCCUUGGUACGAAGAAAGACAUGAACGUGGCUCUAGAAAAGGUGCUUUCACCGCACGACUUUGUCAUUGUCGACAUUGAAAAGAAAGAUACCUUUGGCGUCACCGCCGCGGCAGUGGACACUUCGAAGGCAGUACAAGCUUUGUCGGACCUAAAGUUCGGGUUCACAAACUUGGCCACACAUGCGGUAUCCAUGGAUUGUAAAGUGACACUGUUGCCAAUUACUGUGUGA